AUGGCGCUGGGGGAUCCUGGCAUUCAGAUAUCUGGAUUGGCGAGCUACAAGUUGGUCAUAACAUCUCAUAUGCUUCAUGCAACCCGCAAGCUGGAUGACGCCAUAACCAAUACCCGCAAGGUCCUCAAGCCAGUGGCAUCAGCUUUUGAAGGAAAUGGCUCCUCUGGUGUCGACGUGCAGGUGCUGGUUCAGAAAAAGGAGAAGUACCGGUACAGCAGCAUCGUUAUAUCCACAGCAAUUGGUGAGGAUGGACCAGAGACGGAUUCUCCCCCGGAUGUGGUGUUCCUCGUCAACUCUGAUAUUCAAGAUCAGUGGGAUGUUGUAACUACAAUCAACAAGGCUCAGCCGUGGCCUAUCGUCAGCCUCGCGGAUGCUAACGCAUUCGCUUUCAACCUCUCAACCACGCUGGUAUUUCUCAAUGGUUACAUCCCAAGGUUUGUUGAGAAAAUCGAGAAGUAUUCGAUAGAUGACCUCGAGGCCAUUUAUAUCGCCUCAAACGGUAAACUUUGCAUACCGACAGUGUCCGAUGACAGCACCGCAAGCCAGUGGCUCACCCAAUCGUCAGCAAUUCCCGUAUCGAGGAAGUCAAGUCGUCCGCUGCAACCAGCUGUUCCUUCGCCAACCGGCCAAGGCCUUGACGUUCAGAUCGGGUGUCUGGAAGACUACGACGGUUCCGGUCUCUCAUGCUGCCUCGCUCCUGAGAGGCACGCGGUGGACCUCAGUCUCCAGAGUACAAAGAAGUUGGACCUCACAAUAUCUGGCUUCUCUCGAGUUUCUUAUUUGUCUAUUGACAUGAAAGGGAUGCUUGUCAGAAUGACUGCAGAACGGUUCUUCCGUAAGGCCUGUGAUGUCCACGUGUUCAAGAAGCUGGGUCGGAUGCUCAAGCCUCGAUCAGGCUGGCCUGCUGACCCCUAUCAUGAUAUCACCAUACUCUAUCUUCCUAAAUUACUCCCAGCGAACACUCCCAUCGUCCUGGCCGUCUUCGGCAUCCAGCGUCUCGAAGCGAACAACGCCAACUUACUGAUCGACGCGUUCAAUGCCGUGUUCACCACCAAUGUGCCGAUCAUUGAACACCUAGAACAGGAUGAUCCAACACCAACCCGCCUCUGGCUGACAUAUUGGCCCUCUAGAGCCGUCUUCGAGACAUGGUGGAAUAGCGGACCCGUAUCAUCCUUCUGGUCUUCACUUCCUGAUGACGCGGGAGUAUACCGCGAGAUUAUGACCGUCCCUCCUGGUCGAACUCAGCAUGGUACAAAUGCAACUGAGAGAGUGAAUGGCAUGGCGAACCUGGGUAUCUUCGAAGAUAUCAGUGAGAAAUCGGGAUACUGGGGAUGCUACUAUGAUCGAAUGGCCGACGUUACUCGAGAAAGAAGAAACGAUAUCCGCUCUGCCGCCUCGAAGACACCGUCCCAGUCAAGCUCUGCUCUGACCGGUGAGAAGAUUCUUCGGGGAAGGGUCAAUCUCAAUGCAGGUUACCUCCCUGAUAACAUUGCCUUCGUGGUAGAAGGUCAGGACCACAGCUCUAUAUCAUCCGAAGAGAGAUCCCAUUGGUUCGAGCACUUUGACGCGGCAGUCACAAGGUGGAUCAUAAACCUUGUGGCCGCGGGUCCAGAGCAUGGAGUUCUCAAUGCAAGACUCUGUUAUGAACCCGUUUGCGGAACCUACCGGGAUGCCGAUGGUGCUCCCUCUGCAUUGAACUACAACCGCAAAAUUCAGCUCUUCUACUUUCAAGAUAUGGAAUCCAUGGAGAGGAUCGGGCGCGAAAACAAGGGUCAUGUUAACCUGAGACGGGAGUUCAUGGCGAGCUAUGCGCCGGACGGUCCGAUGGGACGAUUACCGGGCAAAUUGUGUCUAUGGGUAGAGGCGAGCAUUCUCAAAAGCAAAGAAAUAGAAGCUGAAUACGUGGGUUGCGUUAAGGGAACUGGGUUAAUGGGUUUGUCAUGGGAGUAA